AUGGCAGAAAUACCGUUCAAGGUCGACGGAGAAGUGGUGGCUGCAUUGCGGAACGCGGUGCGCGAUUGCUCCGAGAGAGGCUUGUCGUACGCAUCCAAAUGGGCUGCUGAGCUACUCUGCUCCUUGCCACCAUCUGUACGGCGUCCUGAAACCGCCCCUGUGGCUCAGACAACCUUUCAUACAUCCACACCCGCCCGCUCGAGAUCGCCUCGGCCCUCUAUCUCAUUCGCUGCGCAAACACCAGCUCCACUUGCUACAGAACCUACCAACGCCUUCGUAUCGGUUGCCCAUCAACCUUACGCUUCAAUGCUGCAGGGUCAAACCCCCGACGUCCGGCAACGAGAAGCGGAAUGGGAGGCGGAGGAUGCCGAUCACAUUGCCAUGGCCAAAACUUUCAUGGACUCCAAAGAGUAUCUAAGAGUUAUCCAUUGGCUAAGGCCUUGUCGAAGCGCGAAAGCGACCUUUCUCCGUGUCUACAGUCAGUUCUUGGAGAGCGAGAAGAACGCGUUACGGGAAUGGUACAAGCUAGAAAAUACCCGUGAGCAGCCAGCUGAGCCCGUGAACACCGCCUUGCACGAUCUUCUCGAACUUGUGACGGAUGCGACGGACCCAUGGCUCUUGUUUCUCAAAUCUCUCUUUCUCUGCCGCAUGUCUCGGCGAACGUCAGCUAUGGAGAGUGCUGUAUUGUCCAUAGCGCAAUACCCAUGGAACUGGUCCACAUGGGCAGCUUUGGGCGACUGCUUAUCGGAUGGGGAUGAACUCUCUUCGAUUCUCCCGCUGCUCCCGCUCCCUUCAAAUCAUCCCCUUGUGAUGAUGUUCCAGGUCAAGACCCUGAACAGUCUGAACAGCCCGUCAGACAAUGAACUCGGCUUGUGUGACCGUUUGCUAAGCGACGAAUACUUCCCGCGGAGCAUGUGGAUCAUGGCGCUCCGAGGCAACGUCCUCUAUUACCUGCAUGACUUCACCUCUGCGGAGGCACAGUUCCGGAAGAUCCUUGCAAUUGACUCUUGCAGGGUGGAGGACAUCGAUAUUCUAUCGAACAUCCUCUACGUCUCGGAGAACUCCAACGCCUUGUCCAAGCUGGCCCAUGACUACCUCGCAAUCGAUAAGGACCGUCCGGAGAUAUGCUGUAUCAUCGGCAACUACUAUUCUCUGCGCGCGGACCACGACAAGGCGGUAAAAUAUUUCCGACGGGCGACUCAGCUCGACCGGACCUACUUAGCGGCCUGGACUUUAAUGGGUCACGAGUACGUGGAAAUGAAGAAUUCUCAUGCCGCCAUAGAAGCGUAUCGGAAGGCUGUGGACGUCAACAGGAAAGACUACCGUGCAUGGUACGGUCUCGCUCAGGCGUACGAGCUUCUAGGCAUGCACCAGUACGCUCUAUACUACUACCAGCAUGCCACGGCGCUGCGACCCUAUGACGUUCGCAUUUGGCAAGCACAGGGAAUGUGCUACGAAGAAAUGGGGCGGCUACGAGAGGCCGCCGAGUGCCUGCGGCGCGCCCUCAUCGGUGCAGACCCGCAGGAGACGACCAUCCAUCUGAAGCUCGCGAAGCUGCACUACGACCUCGACGAAUACGCGGAAGCCGCAGCUUAUCAUCGCCGUAUCGUCGAAGUCUGCCGGUCUGCCCAGAAGCCGAUCCAGGAGUGGUCCAAGUCGGCGGUGUACGUCGCGCGCUACCACAUCCUGCACGGCGGCGGAGACCUUGCCCUGGCCAGGCAGUACCUCGAAUGGGUCGCGGUCAGCAAUGCGGAGGAAGUCACCCAGGCCAAUGAGCUUCUCAGGCGGCACCUUCCCGUCGCCGCCAUGCGUCAGCAGCAGCAACAAAGUGCUGCCAAUGCCCAGGGACGGGCGGCGUCCGAGGGUCCUUCUGCUGCUUAG